GCUGGGUCGCGAUCGAAGUUAGACGAAGGCGCUAACCUCCCGGCGCUCUUGGCCGCGUUCGGCACUGGCAAGGGCCACUUCGUUAGAAUGAUGUCUGAAGAUGACAGCGGGACGUCUACCACCGAGUUGCAUGUCGAGGAAGACAACGAGCUGCCUAUUAUCCAGCUGUGCGGGCUGGUAGAAGAGUUCAGCUAUGGAAACUCUGCUCUCAAAACUGAGACAGAGAUGUUUGAAAAAUAUUACAACAAACUGGAACCUAGGGAUCAGAAAUUAAGAAUAUCAGAAAUGAAGAUAUCAGGACCAGAUUUUACACAGUUGCGAAGCAGGCGCAGGUCCAAAUCCCGCAUAGGUGUGGACCGCGUGACGAGCCUCAGCGUCGACCAAAAAUGUGAGCUUGUCCAAAAGGAGCUGGAAGACACGAAGGAGGAACUAAGGCACCUGAGGGCAAAUGCCGAACGAGACCUGCAGUAUCAUGAGGCUAUCAUUGAGGAGGCUGAGAUUCGGUGGACUGAAAUUCGGAGAGCAGUGCACGAGUUUAAAAAAGACAUUCUAAAAACCAUAUCCAAGAAGAAAGGGAGUAUCUUGGCCACUCAGAGAGUGAUGAAGUACAUCGAGGACAUGAACCGCCGGAGGGAUAACAUGAAGGAUAAAUUACGUUUGAAAAAUGUUUCUCUCAAAGUCCAGAGGAAAAAGAUGCUUUUACAGUUGAGGCAGAAGGAAGAGGUGGGCGAGGCCCUCCACGAUGUUGAUUUUCAGCAGCUGAAGAUCGAGAAUGCUCAGUUUCUAGAGACGAUUGAAGCAAGGAAUCAAGAACUGAUCCAGCUAAAGUUGACAUCUGGCAGCACCCUGCAAAUCCUCCACACGUACAAAACCAGGCUACACCGAGCAAUGGAAGUUUCCGUCACUCUGGAAAAGGAGAUCUCGCUGAGAAAUGAGCUACUUGAAAAACUUGAAAGAGAAACUCUGCAAGUAGAGGAGGACCGGGCCAAAGCCGAGGCCCUGAACAAGCAACUCCGGAAGCAACUGUCCGAGUUCCGAGCGCCACCGGUGAUGCUGUACGUCAAGCAGAAGGCCAUAAAUGGGGACCUGGAGAAGACCAUCAAGAUGUGGGAAAGGAAAGUGGAGAUCGCGGAGAUGUCCUUAAAAGGCUACCGCAAAGCUUGGAAUAAAAUGAAAACAACCAAUGAGCAGUUGUUGGCUAUUUGCCGCCCUGGGAAAUAGCCAGAGGGAGUCCAUGGCUGUAGAAAAAGCGAU